UUAACCUAGACGGUUCACACCCACAUGCCUUAGAAAGACUCCAUAUGAUGCACAGAGGACCUCAACUAUGUUUAAAGUACUUCUGAUAUUUUUUCUACCCUUGAGGACAGGCAUCAUCGCAUCUGCCGUUGUAUUUCAAAAGAAAGUCCUGGAGACCUUCACUGCGGGCACAAAUGUGGUUUUAGAGUGUUUGAUAUCUGAAGACCAUGAAAACUACUUCUCUUGGUUCAAGCAAUCCCCGGGAGAAGCUCCAACAUGCAUCCUCACUCUCUAUGGUGAUGCUUUAACAGCAACAUUUUACGGAGACUUCAAAAAUGAAAUGAGAUUUAUAGCUCUAAAGCGAGGAAAUCUUUUCACUCUAACAAUAAACGAUGCUAAGCCAUCAGAUACUGGAAUCUAUUACUGCGGUGCCCGUGAUUAUGAUCUUAUAACUUUUAGUAGCGGGCUGUUUUUAAACUACAAAGGGGUAAAUACAAGAAAACAUCAUAUUAAGCAGUUUUUGUCCGCAAUGGACUCGAGUGCUCAGGUAAAUGAACGGGAGUUUAACCAGGGAGACUCUGGGGAUCUUCACUGUUCAGUUAUCACUGAGAAAUCUGCAGGAAAUUACAGCAUCUACUGGUUUAGACAUGAAUCGGGAGACACGCAUCCAGGACUCAUUUACAAGCAUGAAAAUAUGAAUGAUCAAUGUGAGAAGAGCUCUGAGAAAGAUUCACAAAAGUCCUGUAUCUACAAUCUCCCCAAGAAGCACCUCAGUUUAACCGAUGCUGGGACGUACUACUGCGCUGUGGCCACGUGCGGAGAGAUACUGUUUGGAGAUGGAAGUAAGCUUGAAACCGGAGACCCGAUUUCUGAGUUCACCUGGACUGACUUAAAAGUCCCAGUUUUGGUAGCAGCAAAUAUCUUGUGGUUGGUGAUCAUCGCUGUCCUUCUAUAUAAGAGAGUACAAAAACGGCAAAAAACAUUUUCUGACACACAGCCAUUGCAAACAGCACGAUCUUCGUCUCCUGCUGAUGAGGGUGCAGCGGGGGAGUUGAGCUACGCAGCAGUACAUUUCUCUGGAAGAAACUCAAACAUACAUGAGACUGAAAAAAGCUCAUACUCACAUGUUGUAUAUUCCACUGCUAGAUGCUCUAGUAUUAAAUAACAUAACUGUGAUAUAACAUGAUAAAAUAAUACUGUCCUUUAUGUGUGUACUAGUUAUAUUUGAUGUGUCUGAGUGUUGUUAUGAGCGCUAAUAAAAAAUU